AUGCCUGGCUCUAGCCAUCCUGCUGGGAACACUGUGCCCUUAUCGGCGCCCCUUGGCAGGCUUUCCAUCGCUUCUGCCACGAACAAAGGUAAGGUUGACUCGAAGGUUCUAGGUCCGACGAAUCCUGCAGGUCAGGCACUUCGACACGCGGCCUCCACUAAUAAACCGAAAUCAUCUACCUCCGUGUCUCGAAGCGCAUCUCCAGGUGGCAAGCCCACAGUAACGACUAGGCAACCCGUACAGAAGGCUGAGCGGUCCAUGGUGGGCCCAGGGCAAGAAAAUCGCCUUCGUGUUCCUCGAUUUACUUCGUCAAGUCGCGCUACAGCACCUACAGCACCUCGUAAGCCGCGGCAUCUACUGAAUGAAUCGGAAACGUGGAAGGCCAAAUAUGAAGAGCAGCUGAAGGAAACUCAAAAAGCGCAGAGCGAAACGAAAAAGGCGAAGAGCGAGCUUGGAAAGCAUGUCGCUGAACAUGCUGAGAAACUCGCUGCUAGUGAAGCUUGCCGAAAGCAAGCUGAUCGUGAAGCUGGCAAUGUCACAGAGCGGCUCGUCAAGGUGCAAGCUGAACUGGAGUUGAACCGACAAGUCAACGACGAACUCUCCACGCAGGUCGAAAAUUGCGAUCGCAUUGAAGAACUGGAGGCUCAAGCAAAGCUCGCUGGUGAACUGCAGACCGAGCUCAACGGCUUGCGUAACGUCCGACUCCCUUCACUCGAGCAGGAGAACAAAGCAAUCAAACAGGAACUCCGCCAGAUGUUAGAAGAUGUGGAAAUGUCUUCGGAUGCUCCCGCUUGCGCACCUAUACGAGUCCAGGGCGAACAAGGGGUAGUGUGCCAGCAUGAACCGCAUAACAGCACUCAAGCGUUCCAGAAUUUUCUCCGGGAGAGCGAAGCCUACAUCAACCAGCUAGAGGAGGCUAGCACAUGGUUGGAAUCGAAGUAUACUGAAGCGACGUUCGAGAAGGAAGAUUUGGAGAACCUCGUUACCGCCUUGCAGGCCACCAAUGCCCACCUCAAAGAGCAGAGUCACGAUCUUAUCUUCGGUCACAAUCAGCCGACGCGAGAUCAUGACGACUUACAGGCCGAGAAGCCAGUCCUCAGGGUCAUGAAUAUUGCGCCUCGGACAGACUCAAGUUGCUCGUCUUCAUCCGUAGCUUCCAAGUAUUCGGGUAUCGUCAGCGCUGUUCAAACAGUGCCUUCCUUCUCUCCCACGCCACCCUCGACAUUCUCGGGCAUUUUGGCCGGUAUCGAAACAGAAGCUCUGCCACAGUCCAAACUCGGUAUGACCGACAUUUCCACGGUCGUCAUCCGGCCAAUCGAUUUCGCUGCCACGCACAAGCCUCGACCGCCUCUCGACCAAGAUCUCCAAAUCACAAUCAACAUCGACUCGACUGCUCGCGCAAAGCUCACCCUUCUCCAGCGGCUUACAGCCGUCACCACAAGGGACACUACCUUCAAGAUCAACGGCCCAGCAGAGAUCGCGAAGGCUCUCGCCAAUGGCAUGGUAGACACACAAGCCCGAGCGAAGCACAACGAGGCCAAAGUCCUAGAGCUUCAACAAAUGAUGUGGUCCUAUAUUCGGGAGAUGGAGCAGAUGAAGAAGGCAGCCUGCAAUAUGGUCGAACACAAGAAUCUAGCAGACCAGUUCGCAGCCAUGGAGGCACGGCUGCAGAUGCAGGAUAUGUUACUUGCUGAUAAUGGCAGGCAAUUGGCGCGACACAAGCAAGGUCGCACUAUUGAUUGA